GUACUGCGCCGGAAAUCUGCCUUCACUAGUUAGGAGCGAGUCAGGUUGUGUGAAAAAAUCCGUUUUUCACUCAACUUUUCUAUUGUUUAAGAAAAUUUAAAAUAUUUUCAAAAACCCAAAAAAAAUCUACAAAACCUCCCGAAAAUCGCUUUAAAAAAAGUCGUAAUAAAAGGAAGGGAAUCGAGAAAGGUUUGUACUUGUCGCCGCCAUUUUGUCUUGGGACCGUUUUUUGCAAAAUUGAAAAAAUAAGCAAGUUUUGAAAAGAAAAUAUCAAAAUGAAUGCCGCUGCUACUCAACCUUCUUCUUAUCCUAUGGCUUCGCUAUAUGUUGGCGACCUUCAUCCGGAUGUUACAGAAGCUAUGCUAUUCGAAAAAUUUUCGACUGCCGGACCGGUCUUAUCUAUUCGCGUUUGUCGCGACAUGAUAACCAGAAAAUCACUUGGCUAUGCCUAUGUCAACUUCCAACAACCAGCAGAUGCCGAACGUGCCCUUGAUACGAUGAAUUUCGAUACCAUCAAAGGAAGACCUAUUCGUAUUAUGUGGUCGCAAAGAGACCCUUCACUUAGAAAAUCAGGAGUUGGCAACAUCUUCAUUAAGAAUCUUGACAAAAGUAUCGACAAUAAGGCCUUAUACGAUACUUUCAGUGCUUUUGGAAACAUCUUGUCUUGCAAGAUUGCAUCUGAUGAAAAUGGUUCGAAAGGUUACGGAUUUGUACAUUUCGAAACUGAAGAAGCUGCAAACGCAGCUAUUGAAAAGGUCAAUGGAAUGUUGCUGAACAAUAAGAAGGUAUUCGUUGGUCGUUUUAUGAAUCGUCGCGAAAGGAGAGAAGCUCUAGGAGAUAAAGCAAACAAAUUUACUAAUGUUUACAUCAAGAAUUUUGGAGAAGAUUUAAAUGAUACUAAAUUAAUGGAUAUUUUCAAACCAUACGGGAAAAUAGUUUCAGCUAAGGUAAUGUCUAACAUGGACGGAAAAUCAAGAGGAUUUGGAUUUGUGUGUUUUGAGCAUCCUGAAAGUGCUGGUAGAGCUGUUGAUGAAAUGAAUGGUCAAGAAUUAGGUGAUGCUGGACAAAAAGUAUAUGUUGGUAGAGCACAGAAAAAAUCUGAAAGACAAGCUGAAUUGAAAGAUAGAUUCGAAAGACAAAAGUUAGAUCGAAUAAAUAGAUAUCAAGGAGUUAACUUGUACGUUAAGAAUUUGGAUGACAACAUCGAUGAUGAACGCUUAAGAAAAGAAUUUAGUCAAUUUGGUACCAUUACUAGCGCAAAGGUUAUGAUGGAAGGUGGGCGUUCUCGUGGAUUUGGAUUUGUCUGUUUCAGUUCGCCUGAAGAAGCUACAAAGGCGGUAACCGAAAUGAAUGGUAGAAUUGUCGUUUCUAAACCGUUAUAUGUUGCUUUGGCCCAAAGAAAAGAAGAUAGAAAGGCUCAUUUAGCCUCACAAUACAUGCAAAGAAUAACUGGAAUGCGAGGAAUCCAAGGACAACAAGUAGGCAAUGUUUUCCAACCAGGAAGCGGAGGCUACUUCGUUCCAGCAAUCGCGCAGGCCCAACGACCGGGCGGUUACUUUACAACACCGCAUAUAACUGCCCCUGGUGCCAGACAUACUUCACCGAGAUGGGGAAACCCAGGAGGCCCUCUACAAGCUCAAGUCAGAGCCUCACCGAUGUACCAAAACUUGGCAAAUCCAUCUGGACAGUCAAUAAGACCCCAACAGGGAGCUCAACAAAAUCAGAACGUACGCCAAAAUUCUGCCAGACCAAUGAGCUCGACUGUUCCACAACAACAGGUUCAAAGAGCUCCAACUGCAAAUCCCACAAGACCCACACAACGCCCUCCAUUCAAGUAUGCCGCAGGAGCUUCCAUGCCAGCCGGCAUGAAUUCGAAUAUCCCAAAUCAACAGAGACCGAAUGUUCAAGCUGGAUCUGGACAAGUAGAAUCCGGUGCCGUAGUAGUACAAGGUCAAGAACCUUUGACAUCAUCUAUGUUGGCUGCAGCCCCUCCUCAAGAACAAAAACAAUUGCUGGGUGAACGUCUGUUCCCGCUAAUCCACCAGAUGCAUCCAGACAUGGCUGGUAAGAUUACUGGAAUGUUGUUGGAAAUUGACAACGCUGAAUUGCUGCAUAUGUUGGAGUCUAGAGAAUCACUAAGAUCGAAAGUUGACGAAGCAGUAGCCGUACUGCAGGCACAUAGAUCUCAGGAUGCAGGAGGAGCAGCAUCCGGAGAACCUGCCCAAACAGCUCGCUAA